CCUGAGGAUGAAACGCAACGAACCUCAGAUCUCAGCGCCCACUCCGUACGGUGAAUUUGUUAAAACGAUGCUUGCCCACAUUCCCAUCUCACCCCGGACGCUCCCUUUUAUUCUUCUCUUUCUCUCUUAUACCUUAGCUACUGGAUAGCCCUACCUCUUCACGACAUCUGAAAUAUUUAAUCCCUAAUCCCUCGUCCAGGCCGUUACUAAAUCGGCUGCUGUGCCUAGCUAUACGCGCCCGCAUCAUUGCUCCCCCACCAAACACUCCCGAACACCUUACAGACCACCACAGUCCACCGCCCGCCCGCCAAAAUGGACACAAACACGCUGGACCCAGAGAAGAAGCUCCCAGAAGUUAACCCCCGCCUCCCACGCAGCAGCACGACGCCAGACGAGCCAUGGCUCCGCUACGUCAACAUCGACAUCAUCGCGUACGUGCUCAGUUACACGCUGUUCCACCCGUGGACGUCGUGGGUGCUGGUGCUGUGUCUGCGCGCGCAGCACACGCCGUGGCACCACACGGAGAUCCAGGUCGCGAUGGCGUGGGCGUUCGCCAUGUCGACGGUCAGCUUCUUCAACGUCAUGAGCGACCGGAUUGCGUUCGGGGCGCCGAGGGAGGUCGAUCUCGCGGAGGAGGUCAUUGUCAUUACUGGGGGUGUCGAGGGAUUGGGGGGUCUGCUCGCGGAGACGUACGGCAUGCGGAAUGCGAAUGUCGCUGUGCUGGAUACGAAGAGGGUUGGUGAGGACGAGGCGGAGGAGAAGGGCGUGCUGUACUAUGAAUGCGACGUGGGAGACGCCGAGCAGGUCGAAGCUGUCGCGAAGGAGAUUGUCGAAGACCUCGGCCCUCCAACGAUCCUAAUCAACAACGCCGGCAUCGUCCGCCCGAAACCCAUCCUCGACUCCACCGCCGCAGAAGUCGAACAAACCUUCCGCACCAACACCCUCUCCCACUUCAACACCCUCCGAACCUUCCUCCCGCACAUGCUCCGCGAAGGCCGCGGCACCAUCGUCACCGUGUCCUCCGUCCUCGGGCACCUCGGCGCCGCCAACCUCUCCAGCUACACGGCCUCGAAAGCCGCUCUCCACGCCCUCCACCAGUCCCUCCGCGCGGAGCUCGCGCAGAACCCAGAGGCCAGGGACAUCAAGACGAUUCUCGUGUCGCCGGGCCAGAUGAGCACGAACAUGUUCGCGGGCGUGGAGACGCCGUCGAGUUUCUUCGCGCCAGUCGUGCGGCCCGUCGACGUUGCGAAAGAGAUUCUGAGGCUCGUGGAGAAGGGCGAGAGCGGGGAUGUCGUGUUGCCGCUUUACUCGAGCUGGAUUUCCGUGCUUGGGUUGCUGCCUGCGGGGAUGAAGGCGCUUGUUAGGAGGUGGAGUGGCGUUGACACUGCAAUUGCGAAGGCGGGUCUCGUCCAGGCGGGGAGGGCCGUCGAGAAGUCGGGGUAGAUGUGUGCACAUAUGGAUGGAGAGAUAGAUACCCUCGGGGUGUGAUGCGAAGCACCGCAACG